AUGGCCAAUCUGGAGACAUGUCCCCCUUUGACCAGAGGCGCAGUCCUCGAGGCGCACAAGCUUAUCGAAACCCACAUCCAUCGAACCCCAGUCAUCGCAAGCAAGACCCUGAACAAGAUGGCAUCUACACCAAGGGAAUCUGCUUCGAUUAACGGUUCUAGCCCCGCAAAGCCUGUCGUCAGACUCCAUUUCAAGUGCGAGAAUAUGCAGCGCAUGGGUGCCUUCAAGGCCCGAGGUGCUUUCCACGCUAUAGAAAGACUUCUGCAAGAGCCAGGGUGGAUAGAGAAUGGCGAAAAAGAAAAGGGCGUUGUAGGAUUCAGUUCUGGCAACCACGCUCAAGCAUUAGCUCUCGCUGCGACCGACAAAGGCAUCAAAUCUUACAUUGUUAUGCCCGGCACCACAUGGCCGAACAAGAUUGCAGCCACCAAGGGAUACGGCGCAGAGUUCAUCUUCUCUGGCCCUCAAUUUGAAGAUCGAGAGGUGGUCGCGGCUAAAGUCGUGAAUGACACUGGCGCCCGCCUUGUGCCGCCUCAUAACCAUCCGGAUAUCAUCCUCGGCCAGGCAACGGCAGGUCUCGAGUUUCAACAGCAGGUCAAGGACCUUGAUGCCAUUCUUUCCCCUUGCAGCGGCGGAGGUCUGCUUUCUGGCACUGCUCUUAGCUGCGAGGAUACUAUUCUGGCACAAGAAUCACAGAGGUCAGCACCAGAACUAUCGCUGAUGGGUUGA